AUGCCAAAGACAAACCAAUCAUCGUCUCCCCCACCUGCUUACACUAAUCAUGGUGAUGUAUCUGUAGCAAGUAAUGAGACACUGCCAACGGCGCCGGUAAACCAGCCAACUACCCCAAUUUCUCAUGAAAUAGCAGUAGACUCAGCUGCGACGAUUCAGCAAGUCGAUGCCUUAAUUUUUACGACAACAGUACCUGGCAAUUCAGGAUUCAUGGCAGGCUCUGCAGCAGAAAGUGACCAAAAUUACCCCGAUGGAUUGCUUUCAAAACUUGAGAAUGUUAUUCAGCAGCUAGAGGCAUCCCAGGAAGAACGACUCAUUACACGGCUUGAAAAUGCCCUAUCACGCCAGGCAGAGGCAAAUUCCAGUUUGUUAAGUGAGAAGACAGACACCAGAAAACCAAUCAAACUUAAGGAUGCAGUCGGGAGACGCUUCAGUUUCCCUUAUCACCGAUGUGAGACCUGGGCAGGAAUCUCAGAACUCAUUAAAGCAGCGUUUCUACAUGUCGAAAUCAUCGGCCCACAUGUCAAAGAAGGACAUUACGAUAUUAUGAAUCCGGCUGGGGAAGUCAUCCUCCCUCAACUCUGGCAAGAUCAUGUUCAGCCUGGAUGGGAGAUCUCCAUGUCAAUGUGGCCAAUUCCUGGCCCUCCCAAGCCAAGAUUUCCGACACUGACACCUAACGCGCCGGUACAUGUUAUCGUGGAUAGAGUACUCGGACCCGCUCCAAACUGCUUUCGGUCGCAUCAACCGCCUAGCUAUUCUAGUGAUUCAUGUGCACAGGGCAAAGGAACUAGGGGAUUAUGGCAAAAGAUGAAAGGCAUAUUCACAAGCAAAAAGCUGACUUAUGGUUCGGAUAGCAGUGAAUCUAGUUACUGUGAUUAA